GACCAUUCACUAAAACUAUUGAAAGGCUGGAGGGAAGUCAAUAUUCGACCAUAAGUUAUGUAUACCCUGCGAUUCAAAAAAUUAAGUCAAGAUUAAGUUGUUCUUUUGACCCUAUCAAUGAAAAUAAUGAUAGUCAAGAUGAAUUAGAGGAUGCAUUUGAUGAUCUACAAUUUGAAGAUGAGAAGGAAAAUGAUGAACCAAAAGCAAAGCAAAGAAUCAAAAUUAAUAAUCUAGUAAAUACGAUUGGAUUAAUUAAUGCAAUUAAAGGUAAACUUUAUCAUGCAAUAAAUGUCUAUUAUGAAGAUUUAGAGCUUGAUAAAGAAAAUUCCAAGUACUAUAUAACAAGCUUAUCUGUAAGAAAGGAAAGUAAGCUCUUACAAAAAAGGUUAAAAACAAAAUUAUAUGGUGAAAGCUUGUUUGGUAAAAGUUCGUUUGAUUCUUGUGGUUCUGGUAAUGGUGACGAAAUUGAUAGAUAUUUGGUAUUACAAGAAAUUUCUAAAGAUCAAAAUGCUUAA